AACAUCGAUAUCAUGGAUCUCUCUCUAUAUCACAAUAAAGUAUUUAAAUUCCAGGGCGAUAUCGUUUCACCAAUAGCCUACAUAUCCAACGAAAACGUGCUGGUGAGCGAUCAUUUACCAGUGCAAGCUGUCUUUGACUUGAAGGUUCCAGCAUCACAAGGUACUAACUGGGAUGUGUUGUUUGAACAUUUACCUACGUGGUACACAACUGUGCCGUUAAUCAGUCGAUUUCAAUUCCGUAACAAUUACUGGAGCAGCCGUGGUAGCUACCUUGAUUGGGCAGCAGUCUAUCCGCAAUAA